AUGCAGCCAGAUAUUCCCUACCGACAAUCCCACCAACAGGCUCCAGAUGAGUGGAAGCUAGAGCAAGGACUCGAGCCCGCGCGUCUCGGCAUCCGCAACCAGAGCAGCAUCCAGAUCAACACAGAGCCUCAUCGUCUCAACCCAAAUGACCACGAAGAACUGAAGGGAUCUGAUAUCCCUGAGGACCCGGAUCUCGACGUUCAAGAUGAGCGGCCCGGUUGGAAAGGCUAUGUUGAGUGGGAAGACUACCCAGAGAAGAAAGCCAAGGCUCACCAGCGCUUUUCGCGCUUCACAUUUCCUCCUCCGCCUGAGUUCCAGUUAGAGCCUCUUCCAGCAACGAACCCCGUCCUUGAGGGCAAGAGAUGGAAGUUGUGGCAUAAAGCUAUCGGGGGGGUUCUAGAUCAGGUUCCCCGAAUCAGUUGGGAGACUGUUCUCAAGGAAAAACACCCGGAAAUGCUUCAUCUUCUCGAAUUUCCCUAUAACGGAGAAGCGCCCAAGAGUCUCCUGACCAAAGACUACAUCAUGCCAAACGAGCUUCAUUUCGUCCGGAAUCACGGUGGCAUCCCCGACAUCGAAGCAAGCUCCUACGACAUUCGUCUCGAUGGGCUCGUCAACAGCCCCAAGACACUCACCCUGGCAGACUUACAAAAUGAAUCCCUCUUUCCAAGAGUUAGUAAACUCGUGACCAUUCAAUGCAGCGGUACUCGGCGCUUCGAGCAAAUCGUCGAGUAUCCAGGCGAAGGUGACGAAAUGAUCAACGCCCCUUGGGCAGAGGGCGCUAUAGGUACAGCGAAGUGGACAGGCGUCAGUCUGAAGAAUGUCAUCAAGUACUGCGGCGGUCUGAAAGAUGGUGCCAAGCAUCUUGAACUCUACGGCGCGGAUACGUAUUUCAAAGGAGGCCAGUGCAUGAACUACGUUGUGUCGGUGCCGUGGUCAAAGGUCAAGGCAAACGAGGUCAUGUUGGCUUGGGAGAUGAACGACAAGCCAUUACCAAAGAUCCACGGGUUCCCUUUGCGGGCUGUUGUUUUUGGGUAUAUCGGGGCGAGGAGUUGUAAGUGGCUUUAUCGAAUCAAGGCGAUUGAGAAACCAAGCCUUGCGCCGGUACAGAGCAGGGAGUAUUUGUACUUUCAGCAACAAACUGGAAAGCAUAACCAACUGCCCACGAUGGGCAUUCAGAUCCAGGAGAUGCCUGUCAGCAGUGCCAUCAUGUCCCCUUGGAACAAAGAAGUUGUCGUCCACGAUGGCGAGAUUGAGGUCAAAGGUUGGGCAUACUCAGGCGGGGGCCGCUGGCCCGAACGCGUAGAAAUCUCCUCCGACGGCGGGUACGUAUGGUACGCCGUGCCCAUCGAGAAUCUCUCACCCAAGCAUAAAUUCGCCUGGCGUACCUUCACCGGAAAAGUCCCCUGCGACCACGAAGGCUGGACCGAACUCGUUGUUCGCUGCUGGGACAAUAGUCUGAACACGCAGCCCAUGGAAGUUCGACAUAGCUGGAAUUGGAGCUUGCAUGUGACUAGUAGCUGUCAUCGGGUCAAGAUAUACAGUGUAAAUGCGAAGAGGGAUGCUACGAGGAAGAGACUGGGGGAAUUUGAUGAGCAUGGGCAGGGGUUUAUGCCUAUUACUAGACCGACGGAGUUUGUGCCCAUGAGUUUGGAGGAGUAUGAGAAGGAAGUUGCAAAUGUUGAGCCGAGAGAUGUUGAUGACUAG